GCAGCACAUUGCUCAGAUUCACAGCAGCGUCACAGGACAUCCUUCACUCGGAGCACCGCGAUUCUAUCUGCAUCACAACUAGAAUACUGGACGGAUUGAGAUAAUAACGGGAGAAACAGCGAACAGAAACGAUUUUCCUGAGAUGGUGCCUUUAUUUUUGUUCCUGCUCGUCCGCAUCGGCGCGUCCAUCCCACAUCCGACAUCCACGGGUGAGGUUUGUGAGCCGGUUCCUUGUGAGAAUGGUGUCGACUGUCCCAGUACACCAGCAGAUGAAAAUAUUUCUUCAUCAGGCUGGGAAGAACCAUCUGUAGUUGGGCCCUGCCGUCCAAACCCGUGUCACAACAGAGGGGUUUGUGAACUCAGUGAGACGUAUCGGGGUGACACUUUUGUUGGAUAUGUCUGUAUGUGUCCACCUGGCUUUGAUGGUGUCCACUGCCAACACAAUAUUAAUGAGUGUGAGAAGAAUCCGUGCAAAAAUGGAGGCAGCUGCACGGAUCUGCGAGCGAACUACACCUGCCAGUGUCCCGGAGAAUAUAUGGGCCGGAAUUGUCAGUACAAAUGUUCUGGACCUUUAGGGAUGGAAGGGGGUAUAAUUUCGAAUCAGCAGAUAACAGCCUCCUCCACACAUCGAGCUCUUUUCGGACUGCAGAAGUGGUUUCCGUACUUCGCCCGACUCAAUAAGAAGGGUCUUGUCAAUGCCUGGAGCGCAGCCGAGGGUGAUCGAUAUCCUUGGAUUCAGAUAAAUCUGCAGCAAAGGAUGAGGGUGACCGGACUGAUAACUCAGGGUGCCAAGCGAAUCGGGAGUCCUGAGUAUGUGAAAUCAUAUAAAGUGGCAUACAGCCACGACGGGAAGGCCUGGAGCAUGUAUAAAGUCAAGGACACGGAUGAGGACAUGAUAUUCACUGGAAAUGGUGAUAACAGCAUCCCCUGGGCAAACUCCUUCAACCCACCAAUUGAAGCACAGUUCAUUCGCAUUUACCCUCAAGUUUGCAGGAAACACUGUACUUUGCGUAUGGAGCUCCUGGGCUGUGAGCUCACAGGAUGUUCAGAGCCCAUGGGGAUGAAGACAGGACACAUCCAAGACUAUCAGAUCUCCUCUUCCAGUGUGUUUCAUGCCCUGAACAUGGACAUGUUUUCUUGGGAACCAUCCAAGGCCAGACUGGACAAACAGGGCAAGGUCAACGCAUGGACGUCAGCCCACAAUGACCAAUCUCAGUGGCUUCAGGUGGAUUUGCUGGUCCCCACCAAAAUCACAGGAAUUAUCACCCAAGGAGCCAAAGAUUUCGGGCGUGUGCAGUUUGUUGGUUCCUAUAAAUUGGCAUUCAGUAAUGAUGGAGAGAGAUGGCUUGUAUACCAGGAUGAGAAACAACAGAAGGAUAAGAUCUUCCAAGGAAACUUUGACAAUGAAACACACAGAAAGAAUGUGAUAGAUCCGCCAAUCUAUGCCCAAUACGUCCGGAUCCUUCCGUGGUCGUGGUACGGACGCAUCACCAUGAGGGCAGAGCUUCUGGGAUGUCCAGAUGAACAGUGAAACCUUUAUGACUUUAUGACAGACUCUGUAAAAAUAACUUAUUAAUAACUAUUGGUGAUCUGCUGAGACUGAUGGUCGUGAUUUUGGAUAGAAUUUUCUUUCUGGAAAUUGCACAAAUCACAAUGCUUUACAAACAUUACUGUCAAUGUACAGCUACAUUUAUUUGAGAAUUGAGUAUUAGCAGUUAAAAAAAGUCAACCGAAAAUGCUCAGGUCAAUGAUCACCUGCUAGAAUAAUGUUCUGAGUAUAUGAUUUAAGGAGUUGAGAACUCAUUUUCGUCACUAUUCUUAUAUAUACUUUAUGUAUAAUGACUAAAUGGCGUACAUAUUUUGUAAUGUAUUGAAAUGAGAAUGGAAGAAUGAAAAGAACAGAAUGAAUAUUUUCAUGAAUAUUUGCAGAAAGGCAUUAAUUGUGCAACACAGCAUAGAUUUCAGUAUUCCAAAUAGAUCAAAUGUCAAUAGAAACAACUUUAAAGUCAACAUGAAAUCCUAAUCAACCCUAUUUACUCUCCUACACAUUCUUAUUCUUAGUCUUUUUGUUACUCCAAGUUAUUAAGAAAGACAUUUUUGAGGAGGCCUGGGUAGCUCAGUGAGUACUGACAUUGACUAUCACCCCUGGAGUCACGAGUUGGAAUCCAGGGCAAGCUGAGUGACUCCUGCCAGGUCUCCGAAGCAACCAAAUUGGCCCGGUUGCUAGGGAGGGUAGAGUCACAUGGGGUAACCUCCUAAUGGUCACUAUAAUGUGGUUCACUCUCGGUGGGGCAUGUUGAGCGUGGAUGCCUCCACACGCGCUACAUCUCCACGGUAACAACCUCAACAAGCCACGUGAUAAGAUGCGCGGAUUGACAUUCUCAGACGCGGAGGCAACAGAGAUCUGUCCUCUGCCACCCAGAUUGGGGGAGUCACUACACCACCAUGAGUACUUAGAGCGCAUUGGGAAUUGGGCAUUCCAAAUUGGGGAGAAAAAGAAAAGAAAGAUAUUUUUGUAAUCUAAAUAUAAUAUCUUGCCACGCCUCUGAAAUGACUUUCCUUUUCAACCCCUCCCCUUCAACCCCUUCUAAUUAUCCAUUCAAUUCCUAGUGGAUCAAAUCAAGUCCUGUCUAACAUUUUUUCCUGUUGAAUAUCCCGUUUCAUUCUAAAAUAUGUGGGUUGUGAAUGCCGUUUCAUAUUGACUUUGCCAAUCAUUGAAAUAACAGUAUGCUUUCUAUCUUUCUUUCUUUCUUUCUUGUUUUUUUUUAAACAUGUAAAUAUAAUAUAAAGAGCCGUUUUUCGUAUUAGUAUAUCUGUACUCGCUUUCUAAUUCCUCACUGCAGUGU